AUGACUGUUGGUCAACUUGCAUUCCUCGAUCAAAUGGAAGAUAUUAAACAAAUUCUUCUCCGAAUUGGAAUUCACAACAAUGAGUAUUUUACACGAUAUUUGUCUUCUUUGAUCGUUUCUAGUAUUACAACAUCAGUUUAUCAGCCCAUCGAUGUCUUAAAAGCGCGCUCCAUGGCUGCCAAACAGGGAGCAUAUAAGAAUAUGAUAGACGUUUACGAAUCCACGGUCAGUCAGGGAAAAAGGGUUUUUUGGAGAGGCUACAUACCGGCGUCACUACGAUUAGGUCCACAAAUUCUUAUCAACUUUAUGAUUGUAGACAAAUUGUUAGAACAUUACGGUAAAUUACCCAAUGAGAGCAAUGGCGUCAACCAAACGAAUUCUUAG